CCCGUGCGCCACUCCUAGAAUCAUGGCUGCUCCAGAAAAAGUUGUUCUAGAGACGUCUAUGGGUAACAUUGGCAUUGAGUUGUACUGGAAACAUGCUCCUAAGACUUGUAGAAACUUCUCUGAAUUAGCUACAACUGGAUACUACAAUAAUGUAAAGUUUCACAGAAUAGUUAAAGAUUUUGUAAUACAAGGUGGAGAUCCAACAGGUACAGGAAGAGGAGGUUCAUCAAUAUACGGGGGUCAUUUUGAGGAUGAGAUAUCCAGUGACUUGAAGCACACAGGAGCUGGUGUACUUUCAAUGGCCAAUAGUGGCCCAAAUACAAAUGGAAGUCAAUUCUUUAUUACACUAGCUCCAACUCAGUGGUUAGAUGGAAAGCACACCAUAUUUGGACGCGUGUGUUCAGGGAUGGAUGUGGUGCAAAAAAUGAGUUUAGUAGAAGUAGACCACAAUGACAGGCCAACAGCAAGCAUCACCAUACUCAAUGCUAGGAGACUAGAACAAUUAGAAUAGUUUUGUCAUUGUUUGAUAUUCUUUAUGCACAAUAAAACCUUCACAAUAAAGUA